AUGCCAACAGAAUUGCCCGGGAAAAUGGCCCACCAUCGUUCCUCUAUAGUCAUCUCUCCUGGCCUCUCCUCUGAAGGUGGAGAAGGAGAGGAGCAAGGACAGAAGGAAGUGGAUGAAUGUGGGGACUAUCUUGCCGACCCAGCACUCUGGUGGGACCCUUUACCGCAGCCAUACCGUCUCAUUGAUGAUAUACUUCAAGAGGAACUGAGAGAGCUAUGGAGCCUUUUAGAAAUAAGAGAGGAGAAGAGAAAGGAAGAAGAGAAAACGAACAAGCCUAUCAGAAAGACAGAGGAGGCUAUAAUGAUACCCGGCCUCUUGGGAGCUACCAGAUUGGAGCAACUGGUCUGUGGAGAGAAGGAAUACCUCCUAGCAGGCCUGGGAGGAGACAGUGGGCUAGUCUCCCUUGAUUAUAAGAAGAAUGAUCUCAUAUCCACACCAAUGGAGGGACGCGUGACAAGUAUUAGUGCACAGAUAAUACAGCAGCAGAGGCAGCCAUCAGCAGCAGCAGCUAAGAGAGGAGGAGGAGGAGGGAGUGGAGGAGGAGACAAGAAUGUACUAGGAGGCUCGGUAGGAGGAGAACAGAAAGAGGAAUCAGCAUGUCUGCUUGUGGCAGUCAGCAGUGGAGAAGGAGGCGGGCAGAUACUUUUAACAAAAGACAAUCAGUUUUAUAGUAUUGUUGAGUUAGAGGGGAUGGACAGGGUUUUAAAAGUAUUGCUCUCGACCGGCGGGAACUAUCUUGCUGUAACUGGAUUAGUUAAUAGUAAUGACUCUCCAGUGCUCAUUAAUGUAUAUUCACUGCCUGUUGAUGCAUGGCUCCAGCAAGUCGGAGGCGAUCAGGAAAGCUAUUCAAAGCCAUCUCUUCUGUGCAGUAUCACUUCUCCCCCUCCCUUUACCCACUGCCCAGUUAAUGAUGCAACACAAAUCAUAAAACAGUUUCCGGAUAGACCAUCCUCCAGUUUAUUCACAGGUGUCUCCCAUGGACUAACUAAGUCAUACAUGAAUAUAAGAUCAAGCCAAUUUCAAGAGAGAAGGAAAGGAUUUCUCCCAGAACCCAAUGAAGAAUCAUCAGUAGUUGGUAAGGAGAUAGGAGCAUGCAUGUCCUUCAUGCACUAUUGGAAGGGACAGUAUUAUAAUUUACCUAAAGGACUUCUCGUCCACUGGCAGUAUUUCUCAAGAGUUGAUGUAUACUUGUUCCAGGAUAAAGUAAAAGCGCCUCCAACUCUAUCUGUACCAGAUCAAGUGUACAUUCAGCCUUACUUAGUUAGUUCAGUCUCGCUGAGCAGUGACUGCUCAUUCCUUGCCAUUGGACAAUGUCCUGGACUAUUAUCUCUCUUCGACUUAUCGGCUACAAUUGGUAGUUUUUGGGGCGUGAUAAACAUUGCCCCUGUCUCCAUUACUGCACUUUAUUUCGUGAAUUGUGUCCCCUCACGUAAGGCAGAGAUCAUUGUUGGGUGUAAGGAUGGAAGUGUUGUUCAUGCAAAGUGGGCAGGACCAGGACGACCUACUAUCACCAAACUUACUGAAGGGUACAGAGUCUCUGGGCCUGUGUAUGAGCUGAAACAAAACACAAGCCUCCCGUCUACUAUCACUUCUUUACAUGGAGGAGAGAGUCAGCUUAUAAUGUGGGACAUAGAUAAAGGAGAAGCCAUCGGUAGCUUUUGUCUCCCUCCUUCGUACUCCUUAUUGUCGGAUCCAAAGGGCACACUGGCUACUGGCUCUGAUGUCACGGCAGUCAUAGCUAAAAUGGAGGACACAGAGGAAGUGGGUGUCUUUUCUUGGAAUCUCUCUAGUUGUGAGGCACUGCGUAAGACCUGGUUAAAGAGCGACUCAAAACCCUCUUCAACUGAGAAACUUUCAGCUGGCCCCAACAGGAACAAGAGAAGCGUGUAUGAGGAACUUCUUAGUUUAAUAUCAACAGAACAAUGAUAAAAUCAAAUAAUCAACCAGUGGCUAUAGACAGGAACUGUUAGUUUACAUUGUGUGAGUGAUUUGUGUCUUUGUGAACAUGCAUUGUGGCCCUCUCUAUUCAUAGAUAGUACUUGUUCAUUCUUCUCUUGUUGCAAAUAUCUCGUUGUCCU